UAAAAGCAAAUUAAUAGGUUUAUAUUUUUUCUAUUUGUAUAGAUUCAUUUGCUACAAGGAAGAAUAAAAGCUAAUUGGAAAAAAGAAAAAAAAAAAAAAUUUCAUUUUUUACAUUGCCGAUUUGCUUAGCAUUCUGUACGUUACUCCGUCUCAGCUAGAAGUGUUCGUGCCAAAUUGCCAAUCCAUGUCCAAUUGAUAGGAUACAUCCGGGCAUCCGGCAUACGGCCAAUCUCUGUACUUUUCCUACUUUGCUUCUCUCUUCUCUCUCUCAAUCUCUCUCCAUUUGUUAAUUGUUAUGCACUGCAAUGCGAUUGCGAAUUGCAUCAUUUAAUUUGAGAUUACCAGAAUGGAAUUCAAGGAUCAAAGAAUGUUUAUCAAAUGGGCAUUGGCAAGAAGCAAUGUCUUGUUAUGUAGGAAUGCAGAGAUCUGGAGUACAACUUACAGAUACUUCUCUCUUCCCUGCCAUUAUCAAAGCAAGUUCAAAAAUUUCCUUCAAACUCGGAGAAUCUGUGCAUGCUUGUUCAGUGAAGCAGGGGUAUGAUUCUUUCCCUUCUGUAGGAAACUCAAUACUGGAUUUUUACAUGAAAUGGGGUGCCCCAAUUUUAGCAUUCUCGGUGUUUCGGGGCAUGAGAAACAGAGACUCUGUUUCGUGGAACAUUGUCAUUCAUGGGCAUCUUGAUCAGGGUCUUGUAGAGGACGGUCUCUGGUUUUUUGUGCAGGGGCGAGUUUCGGGUUUUGAACCGAAUGUUUCCAUCUUGGUUCUUGUAGCUCAAGCGUAUCGCAUUCUUCUGGAUUUUGAUGGUGGGAGGAGAUUUCAUGUUUAUGUACUGAAAAGUGGGUUUCUGAGUGUACUGUCUCUGCAAAACUCUCUGAUGGGUAUGUAUGCUGAUGAUGAUAUUGGAAAUGCACGCCAACUGUUCGAUGAAAUGUGUGACAGAGAUGUUAUUUCUUGGAGUAUGAUGAUUGGGGCUUGUGUUCAGAAGGAGGAACCGUUGUUGGCUCUGCAGUUGUUUAAAAUUAUGGAGGUUGAGCCAGAUGGGUUGACCUUGGUCAGUAUUCUAAAGGCGUGCAGUAAACUUGAAGAUGCUACCACGGGAAGUUCGCUCCAUGGGUUCGCCAUUUCUAGAGGGCAUGAUAUUGAUGUGUUUGUUGCAAACUCUUUGAUAGACAUGUAUUCUAGGUGCUGUGACCCGGCCUCAGCCUUGAGGGUUUUUGACUCGAUGGCUGUCAAAAAUAUUGUGUCCUGGAAUUCAGUCUUAUUUGGGAUGGCUUAUAAUGGAAUGUAUCGGGAAGCUUUAGACUUAGCCAAUUCCAUGGUGCAGGCAAAUAUUGGAACAGAUGAAGUGACACUUGUGAAUCUUCUUCAACUAUGCAAGCAGUUUACUGAUCCAUUUCAGUGCAGACAAUUACACUGCAGAAUAUUGAGACAUAGGUAUGAGUCAAAUGCUUUGGUGCUAAAUUCUUUAAUGGAUGCUUAUGCCAAAUGCAAUCUCAUUGAGCAAUCAUGGAAACUGUUUAGCAGAACUGAUAAAAAGGAUACGGUUAUAUGGGCCACAAUGAUUGGGGCAUUCGCAUAUUGUGGUAUGCCCGAUGAAGCAAUUACCGUUUUUGGACAAAUGGUCAAAAUAGAGGAGGGAAUCAAUCAAGUAAUUGUCUUAAACUUGCUUGAAGCUUGUACAGUUUCAGCUGAACUCAAAACUUGUAAAUGGGCACAUGGCAUUGCCAUCAGAAGUAGCUUUGCUGCAUAUGUAUCUGUUGGAACUGCAAUUAUAGACAUGUACUCCAAAUGUGGGGCAGUAGAAGAAGCAAAAAAGGCGUUUGAUCAUAUACCCCAGAAAAACAUCAUGUCAUGGAGUACUAUGGUAUCAGCGUAUGGCAUGAAUGGCCGAGCUGAAGAUGCAUUAGGGCUAGUAGUUGAAAUGAAGCAACAUGGUUUCCAACCGAAUGCAGUAACAGCACUUUCAGUGUUAUCUGCUUGUAGUCAUGGCGGACUAAUUCAGUCAGGCCUCUCAUUCUUCAAAGAUAUGGUUCAAAAUUUGGGGAUUCAACCAAGUUUGGAGCAUUUUGCUUGUAUGAUUGAUAUGUUGAGCAGAUCAGGAAAGUUGGAUGAUGCUAUGAAGUUGAUCAAAGUUAUGCCUGAAAAUUUUCAGGGCAAGGCAAGUGUGUGGGGAGCGGUGUUAAGUGCUUGCACUAGGUACAAGAAAGUCGAAGUUGGUGAAGGAGCUGCUUCUCAUGUUCUUGAGUUGGAGCCCCUUGGUUCAUCUGGUUACAUGCUAGCAGCGAGUUUGCAUGCUAGUACAGGGUCAUGGAGUGAUGCAGCAAAGAUGAGACGAUUAGUUAAGGAUAGAGGAGUGAAAAUAUUGGCUGGUUAUAGCCUGGUUCGUGUAGGUGACAAGGCUUUAAGAUUUGUAGCAAGGGAUAAGUCCACUCCACAGGCAAUUGAUAGUUGCUGUAUUGUCGAGCAGUUACAUAGAUGUAUGCACAUUGAUGAAGCAGAUGAUGAAGUAACAGAAUAAUAAGACUUGCUCAAUAAUUUAUUCACCAAAUUCCACUUAUCGAUGCACAUAGUUUUUCACUUUUUAGAAGGUGAGAUUACGUAGGUAUUUGGUUAUCAAUUGUUAUUUCAACCAUGUAUUUAGACGUGAUAA